CAAAGGAUUGUUUGGUUUGUGGGGAGAAGGACCGGAGAACUUGUUGGAAUAGCCUUUCAUAAAACUUGAGAAUUAACACUUUAACCACAUGUACAUUGUUUGACUGCAAAUCUAAAAUUGUGGAGAACAGAGCCAGUGUUUUUUAACCCAGGUCCAGGGGACCCACUAGGGCUGUCAAUCUAUGGUUCGAUAUUCAAAUGCUGUUCCAAAUGUAAAAAAAUGUAAUUAAAAAUAACACAUUCGCCUUGAAAAUUAACAUUUGAAUGAGUCUGAAAAAAAUGUAGUAGCCUAUGUCUUUAAGGCAGCCGUCUCUCUUGCAACUUUGGUUGCGUUAUACUAAAAAUAAAUCUUGCAUUUCAGCAGAACCUGAAAAUGGAGGUUGCCAAGUCAUACUGAUUAUUGCUUAGCUGUUACUUUAUGGACACACACUUCACUUUCAGCACUGAUUUUUUUGUGUGAUCGAUAUGCGUCUUUUCCUCCGCUGGGAAUAUAGUGAAUAAAGAGAUUGGCACCUGCCUCUUCGUAAGAGGACCACCUGGUGUUUUUUGCAAACAACCUGCAGGCUUGACACUGGAACAAAAUACUUCAGCAGUUAAAGGUUAAAAGGUGGAGGGAAUAUCAUGUGUGCCAGUGCCCUGGGCAGUGGGGCACGUGGAGACAAGUGCAGGGUGCAGUGGGUGAAGGCCCUGAGACUUGUGUGGAGGAGGAGGCCGCCCGCCUGCGUGCGGUAAAAGACUUGACACUUAGACGGACCCCAGGAUUAACCAGGCCCACUGUGUGGCCUGAAUGCCAGUCCUAGUCUGCCUCCAUCAGCGAGGACCUCCUCUGGGCCAGGGAGCCUCCCACAGAACUGGAAGACAGAGGACAUGGUAUCAAGCACCACUGCUACCACAGUCCAUUCUGGGUUUUCCGUGAAGACAGACGUGGGUCUGAGACAGCUUCCGCCCUCGAAGGAUGCGUGGAACUGGGGGAGCCAGAGGUCAGUCUCCGAUGAGAUGGCUCCAGCCGAGCAGGGCGAACUCAACACGCCACAGUUUGGAUAUCCCGGCUCGGUGGUCGGACAUCUCAAAAAGGGUCAGCUUCCACCCCAAAAGAGCAGGUGUGCCGAAGGGAGGGGCAGGGGCGAGGAAGAGGACGGUCUUAGUCUGGCUGAAACCAUGGUGAUGACAGAGUCUCAACCUCUGCAGGUCUAUCCAACAGGGGUGUGGCUACUGGGGGAGGAGCAUGGCUAUGGUUUUGGCAUGGCCGCUGACCGGCUGUGGAGACAGAAUGGUCUUCCCUCCUCCAGAGAAUUCUGCAUGUCUCAAAGUAUUUCAACCCAUCCUGCUAAGUGCUGCAACACAGCCUUUGUGUCCGAGGGACGGCUGCUGACUCUCCCUCCACCGGCCGUCAAAGAGGAGUCUGUUCCUCCAGAGAGGGUCAGCCAGGAAGAGAAGUCAUGGAGCAAUGAGUCAUCGUCCUCGGGUGGGCCCCUCAGGGUGCGGUCGCUGCCCAAUUUCGCAGAGGUCUCGUGGACGUCACAGAAAAUUGUCGGCUCGUUCGCCUCUCUUCCGGAAUUCCAGAGAGCUGCCGCAGUCUGCAUGAAAAUGUCGGAGAUGUCUGGCCCCUCAUCGGAUGUGGAGGAGGACCUGCCACUCGACGUGGAGGAUGGUGGGUGGAGACCGGCAGGGCACAGCAGCGAGGGAGACUGGGAACAGUUCACUGAAGCCACCCAUGAGCCUCGUCCUUCCCCUGUGGGGGAGCCAAAAAAGGGAAUUGGAAACACGGUUGCUCUCAAUGUUCAGAACGACCAGAGAUCACAGAGCACUCUAACGACUAAUAAUAACUGUGAGAUCAUGCCCUCCUCAUGUACCACAGUGGCAAGGGACUGCCCAGGUUCACUUCUGCAGGCUGGCACUGUACCAGGCCUGGUCAACCCUGGGCCCUCACCUGGCCCGGGCAGCCCUGGCCCAGAUGUGAGAAGCCGGGACACUGAAAACUCGUCAGCUGACUGCAGCCUCUCUGAGACAGAGGAAGGGUCUGAGGCCCUGUCUUUCAGCAGCGAAUGCCUGAUCUCUUCAGGGGAGGAGGACCCAGACCACACCAAUCUCAGCAGUGAGGCCCCAGCAGAAGAACAGGGGCCUGCACACCUGUCUGACUCCUGUGGACCAGUAGCAUCCAGCUUUGCACGCCACAAGACAUCCCCAGCCAGUCCAGACUUCAGACAGCCAAUUCCGGAGGAGAAUACAUCUGAGAGGGAAUCCAAGAUGAACAAUCCAGGUUGUUUUGUGUCACCGUGGAAACUCCCAGCCCCUGAAGAAACUCUGUCUGAGAUACUUUCUCCAGUAGAUGAGGUUCUGUCCUACGGCAGCACCGAACUUCCUCCCACAGUAACUGAUGACCUCGUACUCCCCCCACCUCCACCUGCCUGUGAAGUCAUCACAUGGACAAGUGAGGAUGGCUUCCCUCCACCCCCUGAGGAACUGUGCGAGCUCCACCCCCUGGAGGACCCCUCCAUCAAGAGCGAUGACCUCCCCUCCCUCUCUGAUGACCCACUUCUUCCUGUGUGCACAGGAUUUCCCACUGGACUGACAGACAGGCGUCGCAAUGAUGGAGACUUCCUGAAAGUGGACCUGAUGACGACUGGGUACUCGGCAGGUCAAAAGUCAUGGGAUGGUCAGGUAAAGGAGGAUGAGAAGUCAUCGCACUUGUCUGCUCUGUCUACAGCGGAGGAGGACGAGAACAGCAACAGCACUGACCUACUAUUCUCUUUCCGCAUUGGUGACCGUGUGUUAGUAUGUGGAUCCAAACCCGGACAGCUGAGGUUCAAGGGUGUGACCAGCUUUGCAAGCGGCCACUGGGCAGGAGUGGCCCUUGACCAUCCAGUAGGAAAUCAUGAUGGCAUGUUCCGAGGGGUGCGCUACUUCCAGUGCAGCAAGAACUGUGGCGUGGUGGUCAGGGCUGAGGAUAUUUCCCGUCUGCACUCGGAGCACGAGAGCGAUCAGGAAACCAGGGCUGAUGAUCCCUUUUCAGAUGAGGAGCCGCUGAGUGCCACCAAACCUCCACAGGACGGACAGGCAGAAAGUAUGGGUAAGCCCUCAGGGACAGGGGUGGAGAGGAGCAGGAGCCAGAGCCAGGGAGGGGAGAGGAGUGGUGGUGCAAGAGGUCACUCCUCAGCCCCUCAAAUGUCCAGAGACAGCUUCUACAGAGAGCUAAACAACAACCCUCUCCAGAGUCCUACACCAGUGUGUAAGGAAGAAGUCAUAGCCCCAAAGCGUUUCUCCCAUGGAACCUGUUGGGGCUCUGACCCCAGCAUCCAUGAAGCCAAAUGGGUUGAGAACAUUCAUUGGGAAUCUCAUCAACUACAGCAGGGAAUGCAUGAGGCAGAGGAAAAGGAAUCCUGCCUCAUCCCUCAUCUAGGCUUACAGAAUUCUAUGUCUUUCACUGGAGAUCUGAGAAGGUGUGGGUGGCCCAAUGAUCUCUGGAUUGGCAGGGGUCCAUGGAGCUGUUUGAAAGGUCUGCCAGAGAUGAGACCUGACACUGCACCCUUUCUUUUCCUGGGUCAGAGCACCAGUCAGACCCCAUUGGACUGUGUGUGGAGCACACUGGAUAAGAGAGAGAGGGGUGUUCAGGCAACACCAUGUGCUGACCCAGAGGAGGGGAGGGUAAGUCUUGGUGGGAGAUGCAUAUAUGAUCUGGACUCCCUGGUGGACAGCCUGAUGGGGAAGCUACUUACUGAGGUGGUGAAAGAGUCCAAGGAGAUGAGGAGGAAAUAUCGAAGGAAGCGGUCAAUGAAGGAGAAGGAGAACCACAUUCAGAACCCUCAGGCCGUGGGGAAGAGUAAUGGUGGUCAGGUGAAGCCGAGCCAAAACCCAACCCCAAAUCUGAGGCUAAACCCCCCUUGCUUCAGCGAUCAGUGGCACUGUUCCCUGGCCUCAUCUGCCCAGCCCAGGGUUCGAGUGCAGCCCCAUGACCCGGGUGUGGUCCACAGGCUUGUGGCAGAAUCAGUGGAAGUUCUGUGGGGUCAGACUGGGGGUCAUGUGACCGACAGCACUGAGGCACCUGCUUUCCUGGCCAGCGAAGAGAGCCGCAGAGCAUACAGACAGAUCAUUUUCGAUCUGACUUCAGAUAUAUAUCACAAGGCUCUGAGGUGUAGCUGGGCAAACAGCGCCUCACCAGUGGAACUCAAGGAGACAUCUUCAGUUUCACCUUUCUGGUCAAGCAAAACAUCUCUUUGCAAUAUCAAGGCCACAAUCCAGGCAGAGGUUCAGAGAGAGCUGAACUUGGAGCGAACGGAUGUACAGGCCCGGGAGAUAAUGCAAAACUUGUGCAAGUACAGGACUACACACAGGGACAGGGUAGACUAUGUCCUGAUCCAAGAGCUCCAUAAGGAAGAACAGCAGUGGGUGGACUACAGCCUUGACCAGCUCAAUGUCAAGAUGCAGCUCACAGAGGAAAUUUUUGACAUCCUACUGCAGGACACAAUUUCUGUUCUUAAUCACAUUUAUGCAGCGCACUCUGGUAAUAGUCCUCCAGCCUCGCAGCCCUUUCAAUCCUCACUCAUACCAUAGUAUCUCCAGUUUAGAUCUGCACUUCUUUCUGUUUACAUUUUUUGCUCACUCUUUUGGUAUAAAUAAAUUUCAAUAUUUUAUUCUCCAAAAAUGGAAAUAGCUCGCACUCAACUGUACUUCUUCAGGAGGCCUGAUUUAACAAAACCAACUAGUAUGCUAUAUAUAUAUAUAUAUAUAUAUAUAUAUAGUAAUAAUCUGAAUGAAAGUUGGUGCAGAAUGAAAGGGAUUACGUAGCGGUUGGGGGAAUGAUUAGGCCAGAUGUAGACAGAAAAAUUUGUUGUGAAAAAUUUAACAUUGAUAUUAGCACCCCUAAUACCUCUGCACACCUCUGUGUUUUAGGCAUGUCUUAUAAUCACGGCUACCAGUUUGUCUCCACCAUGUGACCUGCAGGGAUUUAAACUUGUAUUUCAAUGGUUAUCUUCUAGGGGUCCAUAGACACUCCAAUAGCACAGUCAAGUGGCUAAUUAAACAAAUGAAGCAAAAAACUAAACCCAGCAGACGCUAUGUCUCUGUAGGAACAGGAUUGAGUAUCUCUGCAAUAAAAAAGAAACAUGCAUCCAUAUAAAGCAGGGGUCUUCAAUCAUAUACAAAAAGGGCCAAUGUAGCUGCAGGUUUUGGUUUUAGCCCAGCACUAAGACAUCUGAUUCUACUUAAGUUUCGGACAUACUUUCCGCUUUCCGCGUUCACAGACAGCUGCGGACUUGUACCGGUCGCAAAGACGCGCAUGCGGUUCCAUUCAUACUACAAUUGAAGGUCCGCGUCGGUCUGGCGUUCCACACACGCGCAUGUCCCAAUCCGCACUCCAUUCCAGUUGGUGGCGGUAAUGCACCAUAACGUUGUUUGCCAACCGCCAUAAAAAUCAAGAAGAAAAAGAAGAAGAAGCAAGCGCAUUAGGGAAAAAAAUGGCAUUUUCAUCUCCCAAGCGUUUGCGCGAUUUCAACGCCAUUUGGCUGUCUUUGUAUUCUUUCAAAGACAAAUUAUAUAAAUGUGGGUAACGGUGGAUCUCCUUGCACAACUCUCUUCAAAACAAGCAUCCAUUUUGUUAUCUGGAGCAUGCACAGUCGGGGCUUGCUAAAAUUUUUGACCAUCCGCACGGUCACAAAUUUUGGGCUGCACGCGGACGUCCGCAUAGGGGUCUGUGCGGACCCUCGUGGACAUGGGAGAAAUCAAGGGGAGACAAACUGGUGGCCCUGUCACUGCACUGGGAUAUUUGCUUUUUUUGUCUAGGGGGACGUCCACCACCUACUGGCCUACCAACUUCACUUCCAGCAAUUACUGGUAUCCAAGUACUAACCAAGAGCCCAUCUGCACAGUUUUGGCCAGUUGGCAAGAGCAGGGUAAAUAGUGUCAUGGUAGCUGGCUUAUAAAAACUACUCCGAAAAAAUGUUUUUCUUAUCUUCCUGACACAACUCUGGCAUUCUCCUUUGAUUUUACCCUGAUAAUCAGUUACUAUAUGUCAAACUCUCAGGAAUUAUAUAUCUCUCUGGUGCUCACUGCUUAAUUAAAUCACUGCUCAAAUGAACAAUUAACACCCCAAGUGACCAUUUAUCACACAUUGCCACAUUGUCAUCUCUCAAGACUUCCAGCUGUUUGGUUUUAGCCAUUUAUCCCAAAUGGCAAUAUCUAUACAGCAGACAGGAACUUUGGGUUUUGGUGAAUUGGUGAAGUGUUUGGUAAAUGGUUUAGGAAGAGUGAACUUCUGCCAAACAUUUACAUAACUAUAACACCAUUGUUGAUCUUGUGUGAGUCAGUAAAUUUCAUUAUAUAUGGUACAAUGAUUGUUGCGGUGAAGCUCUAUCAAAGAUAUUAAAUAGCCUUUCAUUUAUUCAUUUAUUUUUAUGUCCAGGAUUUAUUUAAUAAAGGUUUUGGUUAGUGUUGCAUUAAUGGUGAUAUUAGAUCUAUUUUUACUUCAUUUAUUAAAUUGCUUUUUUCAUCUGAAUUUUAUUAAAUAAUUCGUUUUUUUUUGUUUGUUUGUUUGUUAUUUAACUAUAAGUAAGUCUAUUUUUUUACUCUAUUAAUGUUCAGAUGUCAGGACUUUGAGACAUUAAACCUAAUAAAAAUAUGAUUUAAGCUGAAAAGUUGUUUGGAUAGUUCUUAGUAAAGCACUUUAGAUGGUUAUCAGAAUUUUGGGUGUCAUAUUGCAGAGUGAUUGGUCGCCAUAAUGUCUGAACUGGUUGAAGUAUAAGGUCAACAGGACCAGCCAAUCAGAUAAUUUAAACUGUGCAACUUCACAACUGGCUGUAGUUUAAGGGCAAGAGUAUGGAAACCCUAACUUGGAUUUCAGGAAUUUGACAUUCCAUCAGUAAAACCUGAAAUUGAAAUAACGCAUCUACCCUGAAGUCAUGAUCCUCUUGUUUUCAUUUGGGCUUUGAACACAGAUAGCAAGUGAUCAUGAUGUCAUGACCUCACUGUCUCCCAUUUAGCACAGAAUCCUCUUGAAUGAGUAAAAACUAUGUCAUGUAAAAUCGUCCAUUAAUACACUAUCACCGGCUGAUGACAGCCACCCUUAAAUUGAUGGAUGCUCACAAUUAUUUAACCCACUCCAGGCCUUUACCCACCCCAAGUCUCGCAAUAACCCAUGUACAGGGAAUUUAGUGACAUCUGAUCUCACUUGUUGUGAAGGCUGUCAUCUCUCAUUUCAUUCAAAGCUCCAAGACAUGUUAUUGUUUGAACAAAAGCUGCUUCAUCAUGAACACUGUAGACUGAGCAUUGGGCUGUAAUUGGGACCUACACUACGUUUCCAAAAGUAUGUGGACACCCCUUCUAAUUAGUGGUUUUGGCUAUAUCAGCCACACCCAUUGCUAAAAGGUGCAUAAAAUCAAGCAUACCGCCUUGCAAUCUCUAUUGACAAACAUUGGAAAUAGAAUGGGUCGUACGGAAGAGCUCAGUGACUUUUAACAUGGCAUUGUCAUAGGAUGCCACCUUUCCAACAAGUCAGUUUCUGCCCUACUAGACCUGCCUCAGUCAACAGUGAGUGCUGCUAUUGUGAAGUUGAAACUUAUAGGAGCAACAACAGCUCAACCGUGAAGCGGUAGGCUACACAAGCUGACAGAACGUGACCACCAAGUGCUGAAGCAUGUAGCAUGUAAAAAUCAUCUACCCUUCUUUUGCAACACUCACUACAGAGUUCCAAACUACCUCUGGACACAACAUCAGAAGAACUGUUUGUCAAGAGCUUCAUGGAAUGGGUUUCCAUGGCUGUGCAGCUGUACAGAAGCCUAAGAUAACCAUAUACAAUGCCAAGAGUCAGCUGGAGUGGUGUAAAGCACACCACCAUUGGACUCAGAAGCAGUAAUACAUUCUCUGGAGUGAUGAAAAAUGCUUCUGGCAGUCUGACUGACAAAUCUGGGUUUGGCAGAAUUCAUAUUGCCAACUGUACUGGCCCGAAUAGUGACAACUGUAAAGAUUGGUGGAAGCUGUUUUUCAUGGUUUAGUUUCCCCUUAGUUCCAGUGAAGGGAAAUGACACUCUAGAGAACUGUGCGCAUCCAACUUCGUGGCAAAAGUUUGGGGCCCUUUCCUGUUUCAGCACGACAAUGCCCUCGUGCACAAAUCAAGGUCCAUAAAUAAAUGGUUUGCUGAUUUUUGUGAGGAAGAACUUGACUGGCAUGCACAGAGCCAUGACCUCUACCCCAUCAAACACUUUUGGAGUGAACUGGAAUGCUGACUGUGAGCCAGGCCUUAUGCCCAAGACCAGUGCCCAACCUCACUAAUGCACUAGUAGCUGAAUGGAAGUGAAUCCCUGCAGCCAUGUUCCAAAAUCUACUGGAAAAUCUUCCCAGAAGAGCGGAGGCUGUUACAACAGUAAAGGCGGUCCAGCUCCAUAUUAAUGUCCAUGGUUUUGGAAUGAGAUGUUGAACAAGUACAUAUGGGCGUGAUGUUCAGGUGUCCACAUGAUUUUGGAAAUGUAGUGCAGUUUGUGAACCCCUGUCUUAGGAUGUGGAGGCUCUCUCUUUAAAGUCACCCCACUGUCUUGAUAUUAUGUGAACUUUUUAUUAAUGUCAAAAUUUCUCCUGCAAUGCAGAGAGCAGAAGUGCUUCUGCUAAUUCUCAACUAAUUUCCACAUGCUACUUCCAGUCACAAGAUUUCAUACGUAUGACUAC